AUGAAGAUUGUGCUUGGAAAUGUUGGUAAAAGGUUAUUCUCAUCAAGUGUUAAUUCAAUUCCAAAACAGCCUAAUCAUGGGUCUUUGUUAAAAAAAGUGGCGGCUCUUGUUGGAUGUGCGACAAUCACCGGUUUAUCAUGGAGAUAUUAUGAACAGAAUUAUUAUCAAACAGAACUUUCAAGAGAGUAUUUCACGAAAUAUCGGAUUAGUCGCAAACAGACUAUCGAUCAGGAUCAUUAUCUAAUCCAAUUGCAGCCUUUAAAACCACAAAGAACUAAUCUGUGGAGUACAAUGGGGUCUUCAAAGCUUUGGUCAGUGGAGGUAAAACAACCAGAAAUUAUGGUUGUUCGUAGCUAUACACCUUUGCCGCUGAUGUUGAACGAGAACGGAUCGGUAGACGUACUCAAAGAUGGCGAGAAUGCAAAUGGUGCUUUAACCUUCUACAUUAAAAAGUAUAAACAAGGCGAAGUUGCCAGGUGGAUUAAUAGCCUUCCGAUUGGACAUGUUUUGGAAUUACGUGGACCUUACAUUGAAUAUGAGAUCCCAGAGAUCCCAGGUGAAGUUAAAAGAGAUAGAUCAUUCUUGUGGGAUGAUGAACUGGAAGCUGCCUCACAGAAAUUCCAAUACCAACCAAUUGAUCUGUUAUUCCUCAGUGGGGGGACCGGAAUUGUUCCAUUACUACAAAUGACUCUUACAGAAUCCCCAUUUAGGGGUAAAAUUGCAGCUUUCCACAGCUGCAAGUCCAAGACAGAAUUGGGUCCAUUGGAAGGGAUUUUAAAUAAGUUAUCCAGCAAUGGACGCAUUAAGCUACAUCUUUACGAAAGUCAAGAUGCAUCAAAAUCUUUCCGUAAUAACUUAAACUCUAUUAAAAAGUUAAUACCGGCACCAUAUCCAUACAAUGGUCCACAGCCAUUCAAAUCCAUUGACCCUCAACUGAAACCGGUGCUAGCGCUAGUGUGCGGUCCUGAAGGUUUCAUUUCUACAGUUUCGGGUGCCAAACUCGAUUCCAUGCAGGGACCUGUUAGUGGAAUUUUGGGUUCUAGAGGCUGGAACAACUCAAAUGUCUACAAAUUAUCGUGA